AUGUUCAUCUCCGAAGAGACAUAUAAAUUCCAUCGAAUCAUUAUUUAUUCAAUAGUUUUCGUUUUUCAAUUUAUUGGCACUUUUGGUAAUGUGAAUCUGAUUGUUCUGACGAUUCGCAAGAAAACGCUUCGAUCCAAAUAUGGACUUCUUUUAAUGAUUUUGGCGUUAUUGCACCAAAUUUGUCUACUCUACGAAGGAGUUUGCAUGGGUUUCGGAAUUGCAAUAACCUUCUAUCACUAUGAAAUCCGUCGGAAUACCUGCUUCUACGCCUUAUUCCCUUAUGUAUUCUUCCACUGCAUGCAAACCGGAGCAAUUUGGAUGCUCUCGGUCGACUUAUUCCUCACAAUCCUCUACCCCUUCAAGUAUCGAUCAUUCCAAAUUCAUGUCUAUUUUCCAUCAUUGUUCGUUCUACCAGUUUGCUAUGCUAUUUAUUCAGUAAUCGCUGGUUACACGAACAUCAAUGAUGACUCAAUUCCGAUGUGCAAUCCGCCUUCCUCUUUGGCUCCACAGGUCACCUCCCAAUGGUAUUUCAUAAUGCUCUUGUUUUCCAUUGCUACCGUUUUCUUUUACGUUAUGGCAUUUGGAUUAUUGAAGUAUAAAGUAACCAAACAUAACAAGAGUAUACGAUUUAUUGAAAGAAAAGCGAUGAAAGCGUUAAAAGUUCUAAUAUUCAUUUUUUUAAUAACUCGAUUCGUUUCAAUAUUCAUUUUCAAUGUUUUAACGUUUAUCGGAAUCGACAAGGAUUUAAUAGUAUUGUGGCAGAAUUAUAUUGUGAUUCUCGCAGUUGCCGCAUAUUCCCAAAAUGGAUAUAUUUGCUAUAUGAGAAGCUCGGAAUAUCGAAAUUUAUUUCGACAACAAAUGCACUCAUUAUUCCCAAAUAUAACCAAGAAUUUCAAUUGGCACGAAUCGCUAUCGAAGGGUGCGAUUACUGUAGCUGCAAUUAAAUCGACAACCACUCACGAUUUGAGACGCUAG